GUUCUGUCUCAGACAUAUACAUGAGAACAUGAAGAAACAAUAGAGAACUAAGGAAUAUAAAGAUCACCUUUGGGAUUGUGCCACAGCUACAACAGUGCCAGAGUUUAACCAUUUCAUGCACCAAUUCAUUUUAUUUGACAAAUCAGCAUAUGAAUGGUUGAAGUCAAUACCACCACAACAUUGGGCAAAAAGCCAUUUCACAGGGAGAGCAACCACAGACAUGCUGUUAAACAACCUUUGUGAGGUGUUUAAUGGAAAGCUAGUUGAUGGGAGAGACAAACCAAUUAUUAGCUGUUUGGAGUUUAUUAGGGAAUAUAUGAUGAAGAGGAUAUGCAAUGUCCUCAGGGUGCAACAAAAGUGUUUAGGCCCACUCACCCCAACAGCAACAAAGAUCAUGGAGAAGAAUGAAGCAGCUGCUACUCAGUACAUUGCAGAAUGGUGUGGUGAUGAAAAAUACCAAGUCAAAGGCCCAUGGAAUGAUCAACAUGUUGUUGAUAUGCAUGAAAGGGUAUGCAGCUGCAGGAAAUGGGAAUUAACAGGUAUCCCUUGCAGACAUGUGAUUUAUGUGUUGUAUAACAAAGCAGAUCAUGGUGAGUGUGUACAAGAGCUCCAUACUUAUGUCCACAAGGUGCACUGGCUACAAACUUGGAAAACUGCAUAUGGGUACAAGGUGGAACCAAUUAAAGGUCGGGCAAUGUGGCCUAGAAGUGAGUGUCCAAUGCAGAUCACACCUCCCCCACACCGUAAUCAACCUGGGAGACCCAAGAGGAAGAGAAGGCAAUCCAUGGAGGAGAAAAGUCAAAGCAAGAGUCAAAGUCAGAGUCAAAGGUCAGAUGUUGGUCCCAGUGAGAUUCAUGGUCAUGGUCCACAUGGUGGUGGGAAACUAACAAGAAAGUUUGUUAGUGUGACUUGUAGUAAGUGUGGAAACAAAGGGCACAACUCCAGGACAUGCAAAGGUCAGGGAGGGACUUGA